AUCAAAUGUCAUUGUCAUCCAUCGAAAAUCAAUUUCGAUUUUGAUCUUCAGACAGACUGUUUGAAAAGAAAAUUUCGUCCCAUUAUUGUGAAAUUGGUGUGUGAUUAACAUUUAUUGCAAACAAAUAGAGCAGGAACUUAAUCCAGCACACGGAUAUUACGAUAUGGUUUGUGAUCUACUGAAAUAUGUUGAAAAACAACUGUGACGUCACAUAUGGUCACAAUCCCCUUAUUUGAGGGAGUAAAUAUUUUUUUUGGGGAUAAACUAUUUUAGAUUAAAAAUGGGAGGCGCCGUUAGUUCGGGUCGUGAUAACAAUGAGUUGAUAGACAAUCUAAUGGGUGGGAACUACAUACGCACGGCAGAAGUGGAGAGAGUGUUUCGUGCGCUAGAUCGCGCAGAGUAUUUGACUCCAGAGUCUCGAGAGCAGGCCUACAAGGACUUGGCCUGGAAGAAUGGGCCGCUGCAUCUAUCGUCGCCAUGUAUAUAUAGUGAGGUCAUGGAGGCCCUAGAGCUGAGGCCGGGCCUAUCGUUCCUGAAUAUUGGCUCGGGUACCGGGUAUCUCAGCACCCUGGCAGGGCUGAUCCUGGGCUCUGCGGGGAUAAACCAUGGCGUGGAGGUGCAUCCAGCUGUUGUGGAGUAUGCCAUGAAGAAAAUACAACUGUUCUAUGAAAAGUCCACUGUAUUGGAUUCAUCUGACUUUUGCGAGCCCAAGUUUUAUCAAGGUAAUGGGCUGUGCAUAAGUCCACUGGUAUCUGUCUAUGAUCGGGUGUACUGCGGCGCCGGCUGCCCGGAGGAGUACGAGAACUAUUUUAAGAGUCUCCUUAAAGUGGGAGGCAUACUGGUGAUGCCGCUGAACGACACGCUGCUGCAAGUGCGGCGCGUGGGGCCGCAGCGCUGGACCUCGCGCAGCCUGCUCAGCGUCAGCUUCGCCACGCUGCGCGUGCCUAGCGCGGAGGAGACCGCCAGCCCCGUCACACUGGACAAGCUGGUGCCGGUGCGGCUGCAGGUGCUGGCGCGCGCGGUGGUGCGCCGGGCGAUGCGCGGCGGCGUGCGGCGGCGCCAGCCCGCGGUGCGCGAGGAGCCCCGCCCCGCGCCGCCCGCCGCCUGCCCGCGCCGCAUCUGCAUACCGCUCGAGCCCGGGGACACCGUGGACGGCCUCAACAUCCUGCACGACCUCGACAGUGAGAAUGGCGCGAACGAGAUGAACGCUCUCCUGAGCCUCGUCAUCAGCAUGGGCCAGAACCGCGUCGCCGGCGCGCUGCGCUUCGACCACAUGUCGGCCUCUGACUCUGAGGACGAUCAUGGCGACAACGGCGCCAACCCAGCCAACCCAACAGCCCCACCCGCCAACCCAACAGCCCCACCCGCCAACCCAACAGCCCCACCCGCCAACCCAACAGGCCCACCCGCCAACACACGACCAGUCAGACCCGACAACACACGACCAGUCAGACCCGACAACACAUCACUUGUCAGUCCCGACAACACACCACUUGUCAGUCCCGACAACAUACUACCCGCCAGAUCUGACGAAACCCCACCAGUUAGACCCGACAACACACCAUCAGUCAGACCCGGCAAAACACCAGUCAGACCCGACGACACAUUAUCAGUCAGACCCGACAAAACACCAGCAUUCAGACCCGAAAUAACACCACCAGUCAGACCCGACAACACACCGUCAGUCAGACCGGACGACAACACUUCGCCAGUCAGACCCGACAAAACACCAUCAGUCAGACCCGACAUAACACCAUCAGUCAGACCCGACAAAACACCAUCAGUCAGACCCCAGAUAACACCACCAGUCAGACCCGACAAAACGCCAUCAGUCAGAUCCGACAACACACCAUCAGUCAGACGCGACAAAACACCAUCAGUCAGACCGAACAACACACCAUCAGUCAGACCCAAUAAAACACCAUCAGUCAGACCCGACAAAACGCCAUCAGCCAGAUCCGACAACACACCAUCAGUCAGACCCGACAACACACCCUCAGUCAGGCCCGACAGCACACCAUCAGUCAGACCCGACAACACACCAUCAAUCAGACCCGACAACACACCAUCAGUCAGACCCGACAACGCACCAUCAGUCAGACCCGACAACACACCCUCAGUCAGACUCGACAAUACCAAUAAAAGUACUUUCGCAAGAGACCGGCCGCGUGCCUCGACUCUUGCAACAAAUGCCUCCACUUUACCGAGUUUCGAUAUAGUUCCUGGUGUUGUAAAUGCUCCCCCGAGUCGAAGAAACGGAGUAAUCGUCGCCAAUCCUAAUAACAAUUCACGGCCUAACCGAAGAAAUUUGAAUGAUAUCAACUCGGACGAGGAAGACUCGGAAACAUUGAACACUAACGUCACUCGACGUGACGAGUUCGAGGACGAGGACGAAUUGAACAGUGACGAGGAGGACUUUUGCAACAUUGUGCAGAGACUGAUCCCUGAGCCUCACCGGUUGUCUCGCAAGGCCAUUCUAAUGUCGAUGUACGGCACGGCCAACGGGCGGCCCUCCACCUCCACAGAGAACGCCAAGACUGCUGCCGACAGCGACAUAGAUGCCAAGACCACAGAAGCUACCGAUGAUAUCGCUGACGAAGCAGCCCGGCCGGCGCUGUCGAUGCCGGCGGAGGUGGAGAUCGACCUGGAGCAGCUGGCGCCGACCGCGGGCGCCUCCGCCAUGGAGUGGGAGAGCGCCGCCGGAGACGAGGACGACGACACCAGCAAGCCCAAGAGACAGAAGCUCGACAGCGGCUUAGGCGAGAGCUCGCCAAGCGUCUCCUCGCCAGAGAAGAGCAAGACUUCGGACUCCGACAUUUGUGGACAGUCCGUCUGCCCCACUGAGGAGGGAAUUGAAGAUGCAACUUUUGGUGAUACGGCGUCGGAGGACGGUGUACCGGUGUCAUCACUCGACGAAGACAAGCAGUAUGAUGGCUCGCAGUCUGGGAGUGAGAGUCCGAUAGAGUCAGACUCGCCUGUCUCUGACAAUGAAGACAUCUUUGAUACCCGCACGCGCUCCGCGUCGCCGUGCAGCGCCAAGUCGUCGGGCGGGGGCGACAAGCGGGGGCUGCUCUCCUUCUUGAUGCGCCGAGCCGCGCAGGAGCUGCCGCUGCCUCUCGCGCUCAAGAAGUUCGUGAACCUGGGACGUAGCUUCGAGUUCUAGGACAUUCACGACGGGAACGCGUUUAAAGUUAACCAUUUCUAUGUCUCGAUGUUAGAAUAACAAAAUAUAUACUACUCGAAGGAUCGUACGAAGGAUGCUGGAAGGAUUUGACGGAGGCGAGGGAGCGAGUUAUAUUUAAUGUUAUGUAACUUGUAAGGACUGAAAUAAUUAUUAUUUGUUAGUGAUUUAUUAUUAUUACAUAGCCAUAGUUUAAUGAUGCCGAGAUUUUGAUUAAUAUCAUUUUGUUUAAAUAAGCUCACUACUAUCUAAGAUUGUAUCGUCACUGCAUCAGCAGGGUUAUUAUGUAACUCGGUGUACCAUUCAAGUAAUCAGUCACUACAUCGUUUUUCAUCGUAUUUUCGUUUUUGCAAUCAUCUAACAUUGUGUUUUCAACGAAAUGGCACAAUAAUCGUCAUUUUACGUAAAAUAACAUUAGUCUAGUAGAGGUAGGUAGUAACAUUGGUUUAACAAAAAACUGAUAUUUACGUAAUUUUGUUGAAAUAUUCAUGUUAGAUGAUUAUUAAAACAAAACAUCAUUACUACUUGAUGUAAAAUGGCGAAGUCAAGGUCAUUUCGUAGAAAUUACUAUGUUAGAUGAUCACAAAAAAGGAAAAUAUGACGAAAGUCGACGUAGUGUGAAUGGUACACUGAGAUACAUAAUAAGGCCCAGGUGAGAUCACAUUCAAAGGCCCAUAAAUUAAAUAUAGUGCAAAAUAGUUUUUAAUCUGGCAUUGUUUAACUAUGCGCAUACACUACACGUAACUUACUUAAUAUCUUGUACUAUGUAGUAUAAACUGAUGGUCCAAGAACUAGUAGAUUAUUAUGGUAAGACACUUUCACUUUCUAGAAACUUGAACAUUUUCCGCUGGCUCUUGGACUAUGACGUCAUAGGUUCUCUCGAUAACGUGUGCACAUUUGGAGAUAUCCUCGAGCUGGUUUUUCAAUCGUUUAAUAACCUGUAGGCCUAGCUUGCGUCACCGACAUAGAUGAAAAUACAUAAUAAAUACAUUGUCGACCAAUAGUGUCUGGGUUGUCCUAUCUCUUUCUCUCCAACCCAUUGAAAUAGCUAUCCAUAUUCGACUCUACCACUAUUGGUCAAGCAGAUUUUGUCCACAUCAGCUGUGACAAAUUUGUUUCUGUAGGCCACGGGGCGCACCACGACACACCCAGACGAGAGAUAGACAUGCCGACAUAGCGGUGAUAUAGAAAAUAUCAGUCGCUAUCGUUGCGAUGGUUCGAAUGAGAUCUAUAUUUUCGAUUCGCCACUAUUGUUCGAUAAAUAUUAUAGAUAUCGAGAGCCGUGAUAGCCCAGUGGAUAUGAACUCUGCCUUCGAUUCGGAGGGCUUAGGUUCGAAUCCGGGCAUGCAUCUCGAACUUUUCAGUUCUGUGCAUUUUAAGAAAUUAAAUAUAUUAUGGAAAAACAUCGUGAGGAAACCUGCACACCUUAGAAUUUUCUUAAUUUUCUACGUGCUGGAGUCUGCCAAUCCGCAUUGGGCCAGUUUGGUGGACUAAGGCCUAACCCCUCUCAUCCUGAGAUGAGACUUGUGCUUAACAGUAAGCCCAUUAUCAGUGUUGCCAGAAGGUUACUUUUAUAACCUUUUAGGUGAUUUUUUGACUGCAUUGGUAACUUUUAGGUUACAUUAAUAAAAAGGUUACUUUUACGUGAUAUUUCGGAAUUUUUAGAAUUAACUUCAAUUUCCUAUAUCUAAAACAAAACGGUCGUUAAAUCAAGAAAUGUGGACAAAUGCUCAAGAACUCAUCGAUGUUUCUGUGUCAAUCUCACUAUAAAUGAAGACGUUACAAUUGACUUUGCGAAAUAAGCAAGUUGCAGUCACAUUGAAUUUCUUAAAAAAAUCAAGUAUGAAUUUAAGAAAUUAGCGUCUAAAUACUUUUUUUAAAUCCUGUUUUUUAAAUCCUUGCUCUUUAAUUGUAUUUUUCUUAUCCCUUAUGUAAAAGAUAUGCCUUUUACAUAAGGGCCUUACUUAAGAUGAUUCUAUUUACGAGUAAAAUCUCCUUCGGUUUGUAGUAAUUUAGUACUUGGCUAGUAUUCGUAACAGACAGCUAUUAAAAAAAAAACAAAAUUACUUUAGCCCCCAGAGGCUGAAAUGGUGGUUUAGCCAUGCUGUGGAACGCAAAAAGCAGGAGUAGUAGUAGUUAAAAGGUUACUGUUUACACAAAAAGGUUACUUUUUUUAAUAUUUCGGGUAACUUCUCAUAAGAUCCAACUGGCAACACUGCCCAUUAUGGGUUGUUGAUGAUGAUGAUCACUUUUGUUCGAUAGUCUCUCGUCAUGAGGUAUGUCAUUCACGCAUUUAUAGACUUAACUAGCGGACGCCCGCGACUUCGUCCGCGUCAAUUUCGAUGUUAACUUUACUACUACCCCUACCCUACACUACCCCUACCCUACUACUACCCUAAUCCUACCCAACCCCUACAUCUACCCUACCCCUACCCUACCCUACCCUAUCCCUACCCCUACCCUACCUCUACCUUACCUACACCCUACCCCCAUCCUACCCCUACCCUCCCCGUACCCAAUCCCUUUCCUACCCCUAUCCCACCCGUACCCCUAUCUCACGCCUAUCCUAUCCCUACCCUACCACUUCCCUAUCCUACCCGUACCUCUACCCUACCACUACCCUACCUCUACCCCUACCCUACCACUACCCUAAACCCGGCACUAAACCUACCCUACCCCUACACUACCCCUACGCUUCCCUACCCAUACCCUACCCUACCCUGUAACUUCUCUAUCUUACUCCUACCCUUAGCAAAAUCGGUCCAGUCCUUCGAGAGUGGUGGUAUGACCAAGAGAAAUAGAGACUUCUAUGCUAAUAAUAUAAAGAGGUAAAGUUCGUGUGGUUGUAGGAGGUAAUCUCUGAAUGUACUGGACCGAUUUGGAAAAUUGUUUUACCAAUAGAAAGCUACGUUAUUUGCGAGUGUCAUAGGUUAUGUUUGAUCCCCAUAUUCACACUUGAACGGGAACUAUGUAAAUGAAAGCGCCGGGCGUCAUAUAGCGGAAUUUUUGCAUCUUUUAGAAAUUUUGUAUUAUCUCCGAAACUAUUUAAGUAAUUAACAUACUGUAAAGGGCAAAUCUUAUCUCCAUAAUAUCCUUGUGAUUAUUAAAUAAAUUAUUUUAAUAAGGAUUAAAGUUUAGUUGUAUAAAUAAUGACGUACACCUAAGUAUAUAAAAUUAAUAAUUUUUAAAACACAAAAGGUACUAUAUCUGCUAAUAUAUAGAAGAUAGAUAUAUGGUGUCGCGGACUUUUUUGUAGAACUUUUAAAGAUACAUAAAGUGUCCAUAUAUUAAUUUCAAUUUUACACAAUAGUUAAGGCAGCGCAUGCGAAUAAGUCUGUUUAAGAGGAUUUUCAGUCCGACCUGUAUGACAAUAACUGUGAUAACUCGGCUAAUAUAUAUGAUACCAAUAUAAAAUAUAGCCUAUAGCACUCCCCGAUAAUGUAGCAUUCUACUGGUGAAAGAAUUUUUAAAAUCGGACCAGUAGUUCCGAAGAUUACCCCAUUUAAAAAAUGUGACAAACUUACAAACUUUACCUCUUUAUAAUAUUAGUAUAGAUGAAAAAUCUGUUCGACAGCCCAAGUGUGUACUAGUAUCGCCUUAUUGUUAUACUAGAUAUAUUUAGUAUAAGUAUAUUUAUAUAAUCAAAUGAAUUUAUUCUCCAAUCGUUUAAACAGGUUUAGAAUGUAACAUCAAACGCCUAAUUUUAUGAACAAAAUUCAAGUAACACGUAUCUCAAAUUCUAUAAAAUAGUUCAAAUAUUCUUACAACAAUAUUAUCAACUUAAUUUCUCGUUAAAGUUAUCCUCAUAAUAUACCAUAAAAUAUAAGGAUCUAUAUUUUAGUCGUCACAAUUGAUACAUAACAUGAUCGGACAAUUCGUUUAGUUAUUUGUUAUUAAAUGCAUGAUAUAAUGGAAUAGAUCGUCGCAUAACUGCAGCACAGAUAGCAUGGAUCCUGUAUGUGUACUAGGAUGCUUUCUGUUUCAGAAGAUAUUAAAAUGUUAUUAAAAAAUCCUCUCCAAGCUCUAGCUUGCUUGCUCUAAGCAAGAGAACAUCGUGGUUUUAUAAAACCUGAAAAAAAAAUGUUGGCAGUCCAUGGUAGCUCCUACACGGUAUGCCCAUAGGUUGAUAAAUAUAAUAAGAAGUUUGCCUAAAAAUCUCCUGACCAAACUAUCAUAAUUUUAGUUAGUAAUAGUUUGGUUUUUUUUAGGCAAUUUACUCGCAUAUAUAUUUAUUUUUAACAUACUAUGUUAUAUAUAAAACACUUUUCAUCCAUUAAAUACAUGGGUGCAUGUGCUUUUAAUUCGGAUCUUACUACUAAGACGUUGACGUUUUUAUGGCCUCCGUGGCGCAGUGGCAUGCGCGAUGGGUUUACAAGAGGGAGGUCCUGGGUUCGAUCCCCGACUGGGCCGAUUGAGAUUUUCUUAAUUGGUCCAGGUCUGUCUGGUGGGAAGCUCAGGUCGUGGCUAGUUACCACCCUACCGGAAAAGGCGUACCGCCAAGCGAUUUAGCGUUCUAGUACGAGGUCGUGUAGAAACCGUAAGGGGUGUGGAUUUUUAUCCUCCUCCUAACAAGUUUCAUCUUAAAUUGCAUCAUCAUCUCUUACCAUCAGGUGUGAUUGAAGUCAAGAACUAACUUGUAAAGAGUAAAAAUCAAUUUACCAUUGUCGAAGUUUUCUCUAAGUUUGUAUGUAUCUAGUCAACAUUUUGUAUAUAUAUUUUAUGGCAGAAACGCGACCCUACUUUGGAUCCUUCUGUAAGUUGUUGAGAAGGUUUCCCGGAAAGCAGGAAAAUUUUGUUUUAUUGUAUUUGAAGCAUGAAAAAUUAAUUAAGGCUGAAUCUUCUUAUUCAGUUCAGAGGUCAUCAACAUUUUCGACUACGACCGGAAUGAAUGUCAGACUAGGAAUGUGUUAUGCGGUUUUGCCUAUAAAAUGACAGAUGUUAUGCCCUAGAGUGCAUUCUAGGGUGAGUGUCGCGUUAACGUGAGACUGUCGUAGACUUGUGCAAAAACCCUGCGCUCGGCUGCGCUGUGGUGUGUGGGUAAACAACGGAGAGUUAUCACUUUGUUUAUAUUGAUGUAAAUAUUACCGUAGUCAUUUGUUUUUGUUGCAGUUAUUACAUAAGUUUAUCAUAGAGCAUGAUUUAAUUAUUACUACUGAUUAUUAUUAUUGAUUAUUGUGAACCGACGUACGAGGCUCGAGAGAAACUUUGCAUCAAAUACUUCACUUGUGGCCAGUGUAUUCUAUAUUCAACCUACGACCCGUUUGAGCAGUUUUUGAGAUGGUUUAUUUAACAUCAAGAUUUUGUGACCAUGUAAUUUAAAAAAUAUAGCAAAUCAUAAAAAUGUUCUCAAUAAACGAUUUGUAAAUGUAAAAUGUCACUGCACUGAUUAAAGAGUUUACUAUAGCACUAUGGCAGAUAUUGUCAACGGCGUAAACAAUAUAUAUUUUAAAUAUCUCUUUUUGAUUUUGUUUCAAUAUUUAAACUGCUUUCAAAGUUAAGGCGUCAAUUGUCGCUUUAAUCAUUAGGUUUUAAUAUUUACAAGUUUUAGAAUAUCUGCCAACAGCAAAGUAUUGUCCGAACGCCUAGCGUAAGUUUCAACUUAUUAAUUCUUGAAGUCACAACGGAAGUUAGAUUAAUAUAUUUGCCAAAAUACAUAUUGUGUCCCAUGUGAUUUUGAGAAGGAUCAGAUAACACUUGCUCAAACCAGUGCGACCAUAGGGUUUUAAGACACAGACUGAACCGCAACCAAACUUUGUGUGCAAAAAACCUUACUUUACUAUAAAACUACAGUCUAAACGCUGUUCGUUCAAAAAUUUCACUCGAGCCUCGAAAUGAUAGAAUAAAGCCUGGCUGUAUCCAUGCAAUGCUGUUGGAAAUAAAUGUUUAAUUAAACGCUGAUGUUGUCUGAGAAA